AUGUCCAUCAAGCAAUUGCCUCCCGAAGCCAUCGCUCAGAUCAAGUCUUCAACGACCAUAACGAGUCUCAAUGGGGUCAUCUGCGAGCUGGUAAAGAACUCGUUGGACUCUGGAUGCACCAAGGUCGACGUCCUCGUCGACUACGUGAACGGAGGCUGUGUGGUGGAAGACAAUGGCUUUGGCAUACCACCAGCCGAGUUCAGAGAGGAAGGAGGUUUAGGGAGAUUGCACCAUACAUCGAGGUUGCAUAGCAAAACACCAGUUCACGGAGCUAGAGGUUGCUUUCUUGCUUCGCUCUCGUCCAUGGCCCUCCUCUCCGUCACCUCGCACCACAAUGACUACCACUCGCAUAACACAAUUACCAUGCACAAAGCUGCGAUUGUCAAUCGACAAAACCCUGCGCCAGCGCAUCAAGCUCUUAAAUUUGUCGAUCAUGGCACAAGGAUAACCGUGCGAGAUUUGUUUGGGAACAUGCCGGUCCGAGUCAAGCAGAGAGCUAUUACCGCAGAUAAGGCACACGGUACCAGUAGGCUAUGGGAAGAGUUGAGGAAUAUUAUCAUUAGUCUGCUGUUAUCCUGGCCAUUCGAUAUGGCCAUGACGAUUCAAGAAGCAGGCUCUCUUCAAAGGCUGGUUAUUCGACCCCCUGGCCGAGAAAAACCUUCACCGAAACAUAAUCAUAGGAUCAACGUGCCCGGAAUUUGCCAUAUACUCAGUCAGGCUUCUAUCAUUGCCCUAGACAGUGCUUCUUCGUGGUUAGGCGUCUCUGUCUCUGCCGAUCAACUGCAAAUCGAUGGCGCCAUUUCCUUGGAACCAGCUGCUUCGAAACACAUUCAAUUUAUUUCAUUUGGUAUAGAGCCUGUAGCUUUUGGUCAAGGUCAUAACAUACUAUUUGACGAGGUAAAUCGUUUGUUUUUAAAUUCUUCGUUCGGUGACGAGGAGGUUGGGGAAACCGACGAAGACGAGAAAUUGAGACGAUCUGGCGACCGUCGAUACAAAUCUGACGGGUAUACAAAUCGAGAGUUGAAAGCAACACGAAAAGCAGUGGAUAGAUGGCCGAUGUUUUACAUAAAUAUACAAUCGAAGACGCGAUUCACGAGUGCCGAGAAGCUUGACGUGGAGGAUAUUCUUAGCAACAAGCAGAAUUCUUUGACUUCUAUUUUAGAUUUACUCCGAGCCAUGAUUGAGGCAUUCCUGAUCAAACACGAUUUCCGACUGAAAUACAACCGCAAGGUCCGGUUUAGCCACGAGUUGACUAGGAAGACACCUGACUCUAUCAAAGGUAGUAGCGGACUAACUAGAGAAGGUGACGUUCAACCUAGAGGACAGAACCAUUCGUCAUAUAUGAAGCCAAAGAACUUGAUUGCUACAAACGCGGAUUUAUUGGGCACAAAUAUCAAGCUACCCUCAUUCCGCCAUCCUUCACCAAACCUACAGUCUCCUUUCGAUUCCUGGAGCAAAGUGAAAAGAGGCAGCUCAUACUCAGGAAAGACUCCCCGCCGUCCGGUUGAUGAGACGAUGGUAACAACAUCUUCUUCAGAAUGCACUGCCCAUACACCUCUGCUGUCAUCUGGUAAAGUCAUUCGCCGCCCAUUUCCUGAGAGGGAGACCAUCGCGACUGGUAGCCUACCAAGUCAUGUCGGGUUUCUUUCAAAAGCUCCUAAUGAAAUAGAUGGUGCUCAAACCGUGGAAUGGAUGGACCCUAAUACCAAGAACAAAAUAUCGGUUGAUACAAGAACUGGUCAUUCAAUCGUGAGCAGGCAACGUCAGUCCACGAUAGGAUCGAGCUUGACUCCUGGAUCCAGGUCGAGACUCAGUCUCUCACAAUCAAAGCCUGUACGAAAUUCGACUGGCAAUAAUCUGAAUCCGGAUUCUACUGACUGGGUAUCGAACCUGAUGAAAACAUGGGAAAACCCAGUCUAUGCGGCAGCAGAGGCAACGAUUCCAGAGGCGUCCAUUUCUGAUUUUGACGAGUCUACACGCCGUAUGCUUCACGGACACAAACAUGUUUGUUCUCAAGUUGAUGUCGAGCGUGCCUUUAAGGAUUCAAGCAAGAUAAGCGGCAAGAUCUCGAAGCAUUCUCUGAAGCAAGCCACAAUAAUUUCGCAAAUCGAUCGGAAGUUUAUAUUAGUAAAGUUAUGCGUAGCUGAAAAGUCGAAUGAUGGUCUUAGCAAAGACGGAAACGAGUCGCUACUUGUUAUCAUCGAUCAACAUGCUGCAGAUGAAAGAAUUCGAAUCGAAAACUUGAUGGGAGAGUUGUGUAAUCCCUCGGCUGGUUCAUCGGAGUCUCCAAUUGACACGAUGUCACUUGAAAAGCCCAUCAUCUUCGAGGUCCCGGCCCGUGAAUCUCAACUUCUCCGCAUCCAUCGCAAUCACUUCUCCAAUUGGGGUAUAUUGUUCGAUACAGUGGAUGUUGGAACCAACACAAACAGCGUUGUCUCCCACCAACCAAGCCAUCGCAUCGAAGUCCGCAGCCUUCCCCCCACAAUCGCAGAACGAUGCAAAUCCGAACCCCGUCUCCUAACAUCCCUCAUCCGCACAGAAGCGCACAAAUGUGCGGAAUCUCCUCCUCCGCUCUAUUCCGAGGACACACCCACUUCCUGGAUUCAUCAUAUCCACCACUGUCCCCAAGGCCUCCUUGACAUGCUUAAUUCCCGUGCCUGCAGGAGCGCUAUCAUGUUCAAUGAUCCGCUGAGUAUAGAGCAGUGCAAGAAGUUGGUGAAGAGGCUCGCGGACUGCCAUUUUCCGUUUCAGUGCGCGCAUGGGCGGCCGUGCUUGGUGCCGCUGGUUGAGUUGGGCGGGUUUAGAGGUAUGGGGAGGGAUGAAAGGGAAGGGAUGGAGGGGAGCGGGAUGGGAUUUGCGGAGGGAAUGCGUGACUGGAAACGGAAGAUUGAAAAUGGAAGAUGA